AUGACUGAUCAAGAUUUGGUUACAGGAGAUUUGGUACUCUGCACCGUGGGAAGUUACGAGCCUUGGCCAGCUGUGGUGGUCCCACAGCGAGUUCUGAGUGAUAGCGUACUCAGUGCCAAAGAGAAUGACCAACAGGUGGCAGUAGCGUUUUUCAACGAUGCUACUUAUUAUUGGACUCGUCCAAAACAGCUUAAAAGGUUAAGCGAGGGGGACAUUAAGAGCUGGAUAAAGUCCCCUCCAAAGAGAAGCUCUAAGGAACUUAAGAAAGCCUACCACUUUGCAUCUGAAUACUCUACUUUACAGGAGUUCGUUCAGGAUAGAUUAACUCUUGAAGGAAGAGUGGAUGAUUUAGAGGAAAUAUCAGAGAUAGAGAUGGGCGAGGACCCUUUAAUUGCCCCACCAGUGGAUGUAGAUGAACCUGAAGAGCUGGAAAAACCAGCUAGCAAAAAACGUGGGAGGAGACAUCAUGCUGAUAGCGAUACAGAAGACAACGAUGAAACGGUCAACAACGGAAACGGCAAUGGGAACAAAGCUAAACAAAAACAGCAACAAACCCAAAAAUCAAAGCCAAAACAAGCCCCAAAAAAUGCAGCAGUUAAGAAAUCGUCCUCUCCCCUGUCUCCAGACUUGAAAAAGACAGCUGAUAGCUCACAAGACUUCAACUCUACCCUAACCUCCUCUGUUUCAGAUAUACAACAACAACAACAACAACAACAACCACCGCCAAAAAAACGCACAAAACUUGACUAUACACGUCGUGUCGAAAUUGCACAAAUAUUCAGGAACAAACUACAAAAAUGCUUGAUCCAAAGAGACACACCUCCUACAGAAGCAGAUCUUGCAGAGUCCGAGAAACUCAUAAGAAAAAUCCAAUCGCAUGCAAAAUCAUCUCCGGAAUUCUUCGACCUAGAAGCUCUCAAAAUAUCAAAAUUGCAUAAGCUACUAAAAGUCAUUAAGAACAUGCCAGAGUUGUCCCAAUUCCACGACUCCUGUACCGAAAUUCUGGACAUAUGGGCCCCACAUGUGCAGCAAAUCAAGAAGGAAAAAUUAACUCUUAAAGACCAAUUAUCUCAGUAA